AUGGCUAAUUUCACUAUCAGUGGGUUUGUUCUGAUGGGAUUUUCUGCCAAGCCUGAACUAGAACUCGUCCACUCUUCUCUGUUCUUAGUCUUAUACAUGAUGGCAUUAACUGGAAAUCUCCUCAUUAUCACUGCAACUUCCACGGACAAUAGUCUCCAGUCACCAAUGUAUUUCUUCUUGAAACAUCUCUCCUUCCUGGACUUGUGCUACAUUUCCGUGACUGUGCCAAGGGCCAUUUACAACUCUUUAAAGCAUAGUGGCUACAUUUCCUUUGGUGAAUGCAUAGUGCAGUGCUUUGCUUUUGCUCUAUGUAGCUCUGCUGAGCUGUCCAUCCUGACAGUGAUGUCUUAUGAUCGCUUCGUGGCCAUCUGCCUUCCACUGCGCUAUGAAAUCAUCAUGGAUGUCAACACCUGUAUCCAUGGAGUCCUGGGUGUCUGGGUCAGUGCAGUCAUUUCUGGAAUCAUGCACACAGCUGCCACUUUCUCCAUCCACUUCUGUGGCUCCCAUGUCAUUCACCAGUUCUUCUGUGACAUCCCCCAGCUCCUGAAACUCUCUUGUUCAAACGAUUAUAUCAGCGAGAUUGGUGUCACUUGUUUCAUAGCGAUUGUGGUAUUUCUUUGUGUCAUCUUUAUUGGACUAUCCUAUGCACAGAUAUUCUCUACUGUGCUGAGGAUGCCAUCUGCUGAGGGCCGAGCAAAGGCCUUUUCCACUUGCCUUCCUCACCUCACUGUGUUCAUGUUGUUUAUUACAACCAGCUCCAUUGAGUUUCUCAAGCCACCUUCUGACUCUCCAAAUGCACUGGAUGUGUUUCUCACUAUUAUGUACACAGUUGUGCCCCCAACAGCCAACCCAAUGAUCUAUAGCCUGAGAAAUCAAGCCAUAAAGGCAGCUCUAAGAAAAGUUGUUAGAAGAAGUAAAGCUGAUCUCUUUUGUUGA